UUACUAAAGAGAAACGACGUCGUAACACUAACAUUAUUCUUUUACGAAAAGCUGACGUUAGAGAGAUCUGGCAACUUCCUUUACCCAAAUCCGUUUGAAGCGAUGGAACACGUAUCUUUGCGGGAAGAAGAUGAUCUGUGGAAGCCUAUCGUGAUGAUGGAGGAAUACAAAGCGAAAUCGAAACUGAGUGAGAGCUUAACCUCUACAGUUUGGCUAGCGAAGCACAGGUUAACCGGAGAAGAAGCGGUGAUGAAGUGUUUCGAUCUCUCCAAGCUCAAUCGCAAUCUCCGAAGCUGUUUGGAUAGCGAGCUCGAUUUUCUAUCUUCCGUUCACCAUCCCAACAUCAUUCGUCUCCUCCAAGUUUUCCAAGAUGGGGAUUUACUGAUCAUGGUUCUGGAAUAUUGUGAUGGAGGAACUUUAUCAUCGUAUAUUCAGCGUCAUGGGAGAGUUGAAGAACAUAUCGCCAGGAGGUUUAUGAAGCAGAUUGGAGCUGGUUUGGAGAUUAUUCAUGAUAAUCACAUCAUCCACAGGGAUCUGAAACCCGAGAACAUUUUACUUGAUGGAUCAGGUGGUGAAUUGGUUUUGAAGAUUGCUGAUUUUAGCCUUUCAAGGAAACUACUUCCGGGAAAGCAUCUGGAGACAGUGUGUGGUUCUCCGUUUUACAUGGCUCCUGAAGUUCUUCAGUUUCAGAGAUACAAUGAAAAGGCGGAUAUGUGGAGUGUAGGAGCAAUCCUUUUCGAGCUUCUUCAAGGGUAUCCACCUUUUCGCGGUUUGAACAAUGUUCAGGUUCUAAGGAACAUCAAAUCUAGUACACAUCUUCCCUUCUCUGGGUUGAUUCUUCAGCAGUUGCAUCCAGAUUGCAUCGACGUUUGUUCAAGGUUGCUUUCGAUAAACCCAGACCCAAUAUUCGACCGAAUUAAGAAAAAGCCUCUUUCGCCGGAAAAUAAAAUGGCUCCGACAAAGAAAGGAAAGAAGGCUAAUUCAGCCGCAUCAACGACGGCGAAACCCGCCGCCGCUGUUACUUCGAGCUAUCCGUCGUGUCUGCGACUCCUUACACCUUCAUCCGUCGCCAUCACCAUCCACGCGAAGCCUGGUUCCAAAUCCGCCUCUAUCACCGAUGUGAGCGAGGAAGCGGUGGGUGUUCAGAUCGACGCUCCGGCCAGGGACGGUGAAGCUAACGCAGCUCUUCUAGAGUUCAUGAGCUCUGUUUUAGGGGUGAAGAGAAGACAAGUCUCAUUGGGUUCGGGAUCUAAGUCUCGAGAUAAAGUUGUGAUUGUUGAGGAUAUGACCCAACAAAACGUUUUUCAAGCUUUGUCCGAAGCAUCAAAACCUACC